CCGCCCGCCCCUUCCCAGCUCAGCGUGCUGGAAGUACGCGGCAGCUGCCUGGACACUUCAGUGCCCCGAGCUCGGGGUCUAGGCCCCCUCAGCCAGAGACCAGUUUCGGUGCCGCCGAGACUGGAUCCCUAGACCUCUGUCUGCCCCAGUGCGCGGCCACCCCAUCACCUCUGCAGGUUCUCCAAGCUCCAGUCUCCAUAGGCUCGGGAGCCCUGCGCACACACCUGGCCGCCCCACCGCCCUGCUAGCCAGCGGUUCCAGGGCCUAGGUGACAGGCAUGGUGGCUGAGCUGCAAGACUUCUGCCUCGGAAUCAGAGACCACCGGGUGACACAUUGGUGACUUCCUUCUCAGCGGCAUGUGUGGUGUCCACGGCAGGGGUCUCCUUGGCCAGUCCUAGCAGCGUGGGAAAUCAGAGCUCCACCACAUCCACUCUUGAAAGCUUCCAUUAAAUAUGUUAGAAACUUCCUGAAUGUGCAUAAGGAUUUGAAGGAGCUCCCCAGCAAGGAAGAAGCCAAAAGCACAGCCCAGAGGAGAGGAGAGGCCAUGGACUGUCCACCAACAGAUACUCAUCCCCGGGAUAACUGAGAAGUGUCUGAAUGUAGUUCGCAGUCUCAAGGAGCUUGAUCAGCAGCUGUCCAGAGUGGAACGCAGCCUGUCCACCCACCCACCAUACGGCCUGCUCCCCAGUGUCCUGGAGGCCACACAAGAGCAGCUCUACAAUGUGAGCAGAACAGAGACGUUUGCCGCAAUGACCUAUAGAUGGCUCUGGACUACCCAUUGUCCUAUCAUGCCUUGUGUUGUUGGCUGCAGCCAUCCUGAAGGUUGAUGGAGGGCCAUGCUAUUCAAACAGCAGGUGUGGCUGAGACAGAAGCUGCUGGUGCUGGGAAGCCUUGCUGUUGGAAGUCUGCUGUAUCUAGUUGCCAGAGUUGGGAGCUUGGAUAGGCUACAACCUAUCUGCCCCAUUGAAGGCCGAUUUGGUGGAACCAGCAAUCAGGCCGAAUUCCCACUUCGUGCCCUGCAGUUUAAGCGUGGCCUACUUCAUGAGUUUCGAAAGGGCAAUACUUCCAAGGAGCAGGUUCGCCUCCAUGACCUAGUCCAGCAGCUCCCCAAGGCCAUCAUCAUCGGGGUGAGGAAAGGAGGCACGAGGGCCCUUCUAGAAAUGCUGAACCUCCACCCGGCGGUGGUCAAAGCCUCUCAAGAAAUCCACUUCUUUGACAAUGAUGAGAAUUAUGCCAAGGGCAUUGAGUGGUACAGGAAAAAGAUGCCCUUUUCAUACCCACAGCAAAUCACCAUUGAAAAGAGCCCAGCCUAUUUUAUCACCGAGGAGGUUCCGGAAAGGAUUUACAAAAUGAACUCGUCCAUCAAAUUGUUGAUCAUUGUCAGGGAGCCAACCACAAGAGCUAUUUCCGAUUAUACUCAGGUGCUAGAAGGGAAGGAGAGGAAAAACAAAACCUACUACAAGUUUGAGAAGCUAGCCAUAGACCCUAAUACCUGUGAAGUGAACACAAAAUACAAAGCCGUGAGAACCAGCAUCUACACAAAACAUCUGGAGAGGUGGUUGAAAUACUUUCCCAUCGAGCAGUUUCACAUCGUGGAUGGAGAUCGUCUCAUCACAGAGCCUCUGCCUGAACUUCAGCUUGUCGAGAAGUUCCUAAAUCUCCCUCCAAGAAUAAGUCAGUACAAUUUAUAUUUCAAUGCUACCAGAGGGUUUUACUGCUUGCGAUUUAACAUUAUCUUUAAUAAGUGCCUGGCGGGCAGCAAGGGACGCAUUCAUCCAGAGGUGGACCCCUCUGUCGUUACCAAAUUGCGCAAAUUCUUCCACCCCUUUAAUCAAAAAUUUUACCAGAUUACAGGGAGGACAUUGAACUGGCCCUAAAAUAAUACGUCGUACAACACUAUGUGUUGUGUCUGCAGAUACACGGUGUCCCUUCUAGAUUAGAUAUACACUUUCCUAGACACAGCUACCCAAGUCCUUUUUCCAUGUAUACUUGUACAUACGCAGUGUGUGACCAAAUAUAAGAUCCGUCCUGUUUCUACUGAAAAAUUACAAAGCGCAAAACAAAAACAAAAUUGCUUUCUGCAUAGCUGCAUCUCCUACACUACUUACAAAAAGAGAAGAGGUCGUGGUAUAGAGUGAAGGUGACUUCAGCUGUCCUCAAAGAGUUAGUCUUCCUUUGAUUCAGAACUUGUCACCCGCCGUUUUCAUAGAUUUAAGCCAAAAGAUGAAUGUGUGAAAAUGUACCAAUGGCUGUGAAGCUUCAGGAAGUAGAGGAUUCAAUGACGCAUUUUUUUUUUCUGAGACCUGGCUUUGUAAUUCAGAUCCUGAAUUGAUGCCGGGAAAACAAAAAAUGCUAUUUUCUUAUUAUUUAAAAGAAUGUCCUAGCUCGUAGAAUUCACAUUGUUCCAAAAGUCCCCUAGUGAUUUUGCACUGUUGUUUUCUCACUUGGACCAUGAUGUCACCCAGAGCAUGUCAGUUACAUAUUGGAAAGUCACGUCCUUUUACUUCUGUGUUGUAUGUCAACAAAGAGAAAUGCGGUGUACAUAGUGUAUAUUGUAAAUACUGGUUUCACACUAAGUAAUUCUAUUUUGUAAACUGAAUACGACUAUUUAAUUUAUUGUGAAAAUUAAAAUUAUUGUGGUAUUUAAAAGCAAAAUGGAUUAAAAUUACUCUACGUGCAACUUUAAAAAAUACUCAUUUUUUUUUUAUGCACCCCUGCUGGCUUUUCAGGUGGAAGGUCUUUAUGUGAGGGCACCUGAAGAGAUUCGUUUCUUGGUUGGAUUUCCAUACUCUUGUGAAAUGUAUUUAUGAAGUGAGGUUGAGUAUAUUUUUUUAAAACCUAAACCAUCUGGAAAUCAAGUAAUAAUAGCCACCCCCAAAGAAUUGUAGUGCUGUUCUUCUACAACUUUGUUCAAAUUAAUUUUCUUGCAGUUGCUGUUAUACGACAGAGAGCCAGGAAAACGUUAAAAGAAUCAAAACAGAGAAGAAUCACAAUUUCACCCGCACCUCUAACCACAGGCAGACAGCAGAGAAAUUAAACAAAUAAGAUUAGAAAACUUGUGUGGCCUCUGUGCUGAAAGCUGCUGAUGCUUCAGAAGUGACUAAAAUAUAUCAAUCUUGAUCAGAAAUGAUCAAGUUACAUAUUGCUAUUACAUGUUGCCAUUACUAACAUAAAUAUAUGGCUCACCUUUUCACUAAAUGAGUUAAUGCUAAAUUAGGUGCCUUUCCAAUAUCAGAUACACUAUAUUAUGCUUAAAUAUAAUUCAAAAAAUACAGAAAGAGGUAUAAAAGCAACAAAAACGUGGACUUUUCACAACCAUACUGAGUUAUCCAAUGGAAGAUAUUUGUGAGGGUUUUGUUCAGCAUCCUAGUAAGAUGCCUAGAGAAAUCCACAAAUUACAGUGGAUUGUCCUUUCCUGCAAUGUGUUGGUUUUCUCUGACUUAUUGAUCCUGUCUGAUCAUUUGAUGGUGAACUUUUCUAAAUAAAUAAUCCUUUCUCCACCAA